CCUACGACCCGCUGUUUAAUGGAAAUUGAAUUUUAGUAUUUUACCUUGUACUAAAUUUGGUAAGUUGACACUUACUAUCCUUUGUCGGUAUUUCAUGCCAAAAUGAGAAAAGAAUCAUGAAGAUAACACAAACUCUAUUCCACAGACACCAACACAUUCAAAUCACAUAAACACACACGGAGGGGAUCAGAAAGAACUACCCAAUUCUACAAAACAGAGGAGUAUCGGAAUCUAGAGAAAAUGGUAUUGACCGGAAAAAUCAGGAAGAAAAAUGACGGCGGCGGGGGCGGCGGUGGUGGUGGUGAGGGAUGGGGAAUGGAUAUAUUCCUUGUUUUCUUCCCUGAAGAACAUCAACAAGAUUUAAACUCCUCCACACCUUCAUCGUCAUUAUCACCAUUCAGAUUUCCCACAGUUAAUACCCUUUUCAAACGCAUGAAUUCCAGUCAUAUUCUCAGAAGAGCUCAAUCCACCAUCUCCAUUUGUGCUCUGCUCAUCUUCUUGAUGCUCCUUCUCUUCACUCUCUCAACUUUCGAACCCAACAACAACUUCAUAUCAUCUCGUCUUCCCAACUCUCACACUACACCCAGAUCAAAUUCACGUGCAUUACAAGGAUUGGGCACUCUGUAUACACGAGGAACAAUCGCCAUGAACAACCUCCUUCUCUGCCACGUUACAGAGUCUGUGACAACAAAAGAUCUUAAAUUGUUCUUGAGAGCAUUUCACAGGUCUGGUUUAGCUUCAAAUUCCGAUCUUGUAUUUAUAUUCCCAUCGAUUUCAACUCCGCAGUCUUUUGACGAUGUGAUUCUGGAAGAGAACGACUUCUUCCUGAAAAUCAUGGGAAGGUACAAAGCAGAACUGUGCAACGGUAGUAAAGUUUUGGGUUUUCCGGCGAGCUUCGACCUCACCCAGUUCGUGAAAUCCGGCAAGAAGGUAAGGGAGAAAGGAGAGCCAAUCUGGGGUGGAAAAUUGAAGACCAAUAAUUCGAGUUUACAUGAUUGUGGUGAAACUGAUCAUAUUGAGUCAACUCGGAUAAGUUAUGGAUCGGUUGUAGGCUUUGGUGUCGGCGAGCUUGAUCCGGAAAACUCGUUAUCCGGGUUCGUAGACCACGUUCCGAUGAGUCUCCGAAGAUGGGCGUCUUAUCCAAUGAUAUUGGGGCGGGUUCGCCGGAGUUAUAAGCACGUGAUGCUGGUUGACGUAAAGAAAGUUUUACUACUCGGAGACCCGUUCAACCGAGUAAAAAAUCAGAGUCCCGAGUCAGUCUUCUUGUCAUCAACACCGCCACCAUUACCACCUCUCUCAGCCAGACACCGCCCUAAGAACUCAGAGAAUACCCAUCAAAAAACAAAUACAAUCAACACUGCCGUCAUAAUGGGUGGAGUUCGUGGAGUCCGACGGUUGUCCGCCGCAAUGCUGACGGAGAUUGUCAGAGCUACCACAAGCAAGCCACACAAUAAAAGAAAGAACUCAGUCACCGAGUCAGGUAUGCUCAGUCGUCUCGCCAUGAACGAGUUUACCCUCAAGACCAUUCGUCUGGUGACGUCAUCCGAGUCAAUACGAGAAGCUAAGUCACUCACUGAGUCGGCAAUGACAAAUCGGACGAUUUUAUGGCGUGAAAAUAACGACACGGAUAUAAUUGAGUCAGUUAUUAUGAAGCACAUUUGUUCAUUUCCCAUAGAUUCCACUGUCUACACGGAUUGUUGACUAUUUUGGUGAAUAGAGACUAUAUGAAAAGGUUUUUGUGCGUUUUGGUUUUUCCCACAAAGGUUUCCAUCCAUAUUCUUGGUUUUUUGGUUUAUGAUUUCAUGCUUGUAGUGAUCGUCAUGAUAUAACUAUGUAACAACUUAACAUUCCUUAUAA